GGUUAAUCAAAAUGCAAACCAGCACUUCUUUAAUAUGAGGCGAGAGGACCAACUGAAAGAAUGGCUAGGAAAGAAGAAGUAUGAAAGUCUGGGUGUGGCACAGCUAAGCAACAAGAAUAAUUAAUGGAGCGAAAAAUAGAAUGCUUUCAGAGAAGUACGAAAUAAGAGAAUAUUCCAAGAAAUGGAAGCUGCUGCUGUACAAAAGAAGAAAGACAAAGUAACUUCAGGGUUAAUAUCCUCUAUUUGAGAUCCAUGAACAAUUAUACAGUUACUUUUCUAUAUCGAACUUUAAGGUUUGUUAAUAAUAUGCUGCCUUUGUGGGACUCAGAAAUGCUAAUUGUAAGAAGGCUAUUUAUUCACUGCACUGAAUAGAAGAGCUGCAGGAACAAUGGCUUCAAAGGUCUCAUGUUUAUAUGUGCUAACAGUAGUCUGUUGGGCAAGUGCUCUUUGGUACUUAAGUAUAACACGUCCUACUUCUUCCUACAGUGGCCAUAGACAGUUCAAUACCAUAUCAAUAGCCAGGAAAAAUGUCUCUUUUGGCAACAUAAGAACUCGACCUAUAAAUCCACAUUCAUUUGAUUUUCUUAUAAAUGAGCCUACUAAAUGUGAGAAAAGCAUCCCUUUUCUAGUCAUUCUUAUCAGCACAACUCACAAAGAAUUUGAUGCAAGACAAGCUAUUCGAGAGACAUGGGGAGAUGAAAACAACUUUAAAGGCAUUAAAAUUGCCACUCUCUUCCUCCUAGGGAAAAAUUCAGAUCCUGUGUUAAACCAGAUGGUAGAGCAAGAAAGUCAAAUUUUUCAUGACAUUAUCGUGGAGGACUUCAUUGAUUCUUAUCAUAACCUCACCCUUAAAACAUUAAUGGGUAUGAGGUGGGUGGCCACAUUUUGUUCUAAAGCAAAAUAUGUCAUGAAGACAGACAGUGAUAUUUUUGUAAAUAUGGAUAACCUUAUUUAUAAACUGCUCAAACCCAACACCAAGCCAAGAAGACGGUACUUUACUGGUUAUGUCAUCAAUGGAGGACCAAUUAGGGAUGUCCGCAGUAAAUGGUACAUGCCUAGAGAUUUGUACCCUGAUAGCAAUUACCCACCAUUCUGUUCAGGCACUGGCUACAUUUUUUCAGCGGAUGUAGCAGAAAUGAUUUACAAAACCUCUCUGCACACUAGACUUCUUCACCUUGAAGACGUGUAUGUUGGACUCUGUCUUCGGAAGCUUGGCAUUCACCCUUUCCAGAACAGUGGCUUCAAUCAUUGGAAAAUGGCUUACAGCUUGUGUAGAUAUCGCAGAGUGAUCACUGUGCAUCAGAUAACUCCAGAAGAAAUGCACAGAAUUUGGAAUGACAUGUCAAGCAAGAAGCAUCUUAGGUGUUAAGAUUUUUACAGAUGUAAAUACUUUUUUUUACUUGCUUAGAGUGUAAUCUAAGGAUUUACAGGCAGAACUAUGGACAUAUACUUUGAGGGGGUUUUACUAAUGGAUUUUUCACUUUUAUUUAGACUCCUGGUUUACAAACUUUAGGCUCCUUUCAUAAAGGCACAAAAAUUAAAAGGGGCCAGAGUCAAAUCUAAGAUUCUCCACAUUCUCCUUGUCAGAGCAUUAGAAAUCAGCUCUUGAUAUAUAGGUACAAGAAACAUCGUACCUAGCCAGAACUGCAGUACAAUUCAUGCCUGAGCAUCUGAGAUGGAACUCUGGUCCUCAAAAAUAAAGACUCACAGUAACACCUUUAUCUCAUCCCCCACAAGCACUGCUUUUUGGGCUCUAUGCUUAAAUAUGCACACAAAUACAAAAUAUACCAAGUGUGUAUAUUUAUACAGUUUGCGUAGUAUAUGUUUGCACUGAUUUUAUACACCUAUACUAACAUAUAUGUUUUACAGUACAAUAUGUGCAAUGCCAGUCACUGCUGGCAGAAAGGCAGAAUUCAGCCAAGUAUGGAAUAUUACACUGAAGACACAUCUGUGUAACCUCAGCAUCCUGCCUGGGAGCUCCACAGGUAAAUGUGCCACACUUGCUCUAAGCACUCUUUCUUAGGGCCUUGUUACACACUAAUUUUAGGUGCCUCCUGGAGGUCUUAAACCCCAGAUUGUCCACACAUUAACACCUCAAACUAGUUUUAAGCUUAAAAUUAGGCCACUCCAGGGCAGGUUUAUCUCUGAUCUGUGUUACCUAGCUUGUAUUCCAUUUAUGUGUGGCCACUCCCCACAGAUGAGCUGCCCAAGUUGCAGCCCUCUAACAUCCCAGGAUACAGUGUCCCCUCCGCCACCCUCCUGUCCUGUAUGGAUAAAUUCAUACCCCAUGAACUCUACUGCUCCAGGGGUGGUUCUCAAGUUAACUCCCUCUCCCAUCCCUGGUGGUGUGACCUUCCUACCCCCAGGGUUGCAACCCUGUGCAAACAGCCUACAGCUAACACACUAGCUAGGCAGCUCCCAGGGCAUGGAUGGGUCCAGGAGUAAGGUCUAAGGGGGUUAGGGGUGGGGAACAAGGUAGGCAACCAGAUUGGGUCCCCACAAGCUGGGGCUUCCUUCCUGGGAUAAGGGUAGUAACUCCAUCAAAAGAGCUUUCCCUCACUGCUCCAACCUCUCAGCCACUCUGGGAAGCACGAACAGCACCCUCCACACCCCAAUCCAAAUGUAUAAAAACAUGAGAUCUCCUUUUAUUUACCUCCUCUUUAUUUCUUUUAAAUUAUUAUUUUUAACUAAUUUUUAUUUUAUCCUUCAAUGGCUGACUUCCUUCAUCCCACCCCCAUAUCCUUCCCCCAUCCUGUCCCUCUUCCAUUUCAUUACCCACCCCAUUAACUAUUCACCUCCCAGCUUUAUAUUCCUACCCCCUCUCAACCUCCACAACCCAUCUCACACACCCCCACCCCCAUCUAAAGGAGGGAUAGAAACCUGUCAUGGCAUAUCAGACCCGUAGUAGCAACACACAACUGUAGCUCCUAGCCACCAGCCCUCUAGUGGCAAGUCACAGUUGUGCCAGUGGGAGACAGAAGGUUUUCAGCCUUAAGGUGUGACUGAUCCAAACUUGAGCUGGCUCUAACUCUGGUCAACACUAAGCAGCUCAAAGUGCAACAUGUUGCAAGGCCCUUAUUGGGAUGCACUUAAUGCUACAUUAGGUAUUAUGUUCCAUUUUUAAUCUUUGUGGAGGAUCCGUGUUGUGCUUCACUGUAGCACUCCUUGACAUUGUACCGAGGCACUGCAGACAUGCCCCAGGAUUCAGAAUACCAUAGAUCUUAGAUACAAGCCACCCACAAAAAACAAAAU